CGGACGCGGCUCACUCGAGGCGGAUAUUCUGGAACUAUCCAGCGGGGCAGGAGGGGCCACGAACUGCGCACUCGUACCUACUACGGACCAUAAUCAUCGUUGGGGUAUCGCGCGCCCGUCUCAGUAGGGCCCGCCUUCUGUAGGCUUUACCCCCGUGGCGAUGGGCUGGAUAAACGUCCCGGGAGGGACAGAUUACGUGCUUCGCAACGCCCACGUGCCCGAGUGCGUCAUUAAGGGCUCGGGUGAACUGAUUUCCGAUCGUGAUGGACUCGUGUUUGUUGAUAUCGAGAUACGUGGCGGACACAUCGCCUCGAUUACACCGGUGGAGGACCGAGCGCCUUCCGAUCUCGCCGAAGUUGACUUGGAUGGAGGAAUGUGCUGGCCAACAUUUGUUGACAUCCACACUCACAUUGAUAAGGGACACACUUGCGAGCGAACACGCAACAUGUCCGGAUCCUUGGCAGGUGCAGACGAUUCAUGCGCGAAGGACGAAGUGUUCUGGGACCACGACGACGUGUAUCGACGAAUGGAGUUCAGCCUAAAAUGCGCCUAUGCGCACGGGACAUCAGCCAUUCGCACACACAUUAUGAGUGGCCCAGUUCAGGGUGCCAUCGCAUGGCCUGUCUUCGAGGAAUUGCGCGAGGCAUGGCGAGGCAGAAUCGAGCUUCAAGGCGUCUCGUUGGCAAUUUUACGGUUCUUUCGCGACGAAAAAGCUGGAGCGGCGCUGGCAGACCAGGUGAAGGCACACGGCGGAAUACUUGGUGCCGCUGUGUCCUGCACAGACCGAGGAGGGCAUCCUGACGACGUCUACACUACCUGCGGCGAGGAAAUGCCCGCAUUACUGGAUACAAUAUUCAAACUGGCCAACGAACGAGGGUUAGAUCUUGACUUUCACGUUGAUGAAAACGGCAACGAAGUUUCCAAGGGAAUACUUCAUAUUUCUGAAGCCGCUAUCCGUAACAACUUCAAGGGCAAGAUUGUGUGCGGCCACUGUUGCUCCCUCGCCGCGCAAUCUCCGGCAGAACUUGUGCGCAUAUUCAAAGCUGCUCGUGAGGCGGGAGUCUGCGUGGUUUCCCUUCCGAUAGUGAACGAAUGGCUUCAGAACAGAGAUGUGCGUGGACUUUGUACACCGACGAGGCGAGGCGUGACCACACUGAAGGAGCUCGAUGAUGCCGGCGUGCCCGUUUGCCUCGCCAGCGACAACACUAGGGACCAGUUCUACGGAUAUGGCGAUCUCGACAUGCUGGAAAUUUUCAGGGAAGGUUGCAGGAUCGGGCAUUUAGACAGGCCUAUCCAUCGUUGGCCACUCGCGGUGACGACACGUCCGGCUCAGAUAAUGGGUCUGAGUGAGGACCACGGCUGCGUGGUGAUCGGAGGCAAGGCAGACCUUGUGCUUUUCCGAGGUCGAUAUUACAGCGAGCUGCUUUCGCGACCGCAGCUUGAUCGUGUUGUGCUCAGGGAUGGGAUCCCCGUGACGGAUGAGCUGCCAGACUACAGAGAGCUUGAUGAUAAAAAGCAUAGGAAAAGAGCAAGAAACGGAGCCGGUUGCUGAGCGACUGCGCAGUGACUGAUCGAAAAGUGCUAAUUAUGCUUAAGUUAAAAUUCUUAAUUCUUACCUUCGGUACCUUCGGU